AACUUCAUAUAUAUAUAUAUAUAUUUUUUGUUUCAUUCUUUAUAUACUAUCUUUCUUCUUUUAUAUACAUACACUUGGAGAAAUUUGUCUCUUUUUAUUAUAUAUAAGAAUAGAUAGAAUAUACUUUCUAGUCUUUUUAUUCUUUUACUUUCUUUUUCUUUUUUUCUUAUUAUUAUUAUAUUGUUGUUGAUCCAAUUUGUAUCUAUUGUAUAUAUCACUUAUUCAGAAAAAACAACAACAACAACAACAACAACUAUAAUCAACACUUUAUACAAAAAAGAAUAUAUUACAAGCAAACUCUAAAACUAUGGAUAGCGAGGUCACGCGUCAGUAUAGUUUACCAAUACCUGUAUCAACUUCUACAGCAGCUCAUUAUCGACAAUUUCGAAAUGUUGCUUCCACUUCUUCAGCUAUUGCUACCACUCAACUUAGUGCCAUUCCUGAAUCUCACGAUUUACUCAAUAUCAAAACUGAUUUGGAAGGUCUUUUACCUCAUUCUGAAGCAAGGAUGCUUCAUUUGAAAAAGGAUUAUUCUCAUCUAGAAAAAAAUGUCAAAGUCAAAGAUAAUGGUUCUUCGGAUACUACUAAAAAGAUAUCUUCUGGGAAAAAUAUGAAUACCAUGUUGGAUAAGAUGCGUAUCAAACAAGAAUCAUCAUCUACGUCAGAUGAUACAGACGAACUUUUACAAUCCUCUUCAACAAAAUCUGAUCGACAAGUGGCAUUGGAAACAUUAAAACGACGAAGGCGACGUGAAGAAACGGAUUCUGAUCAUGAUACAAAACCAGCUGGACGACGAAGUGAAUCACCACAUCCCUUGGGUAAAGUUAAGAAAUUGGAAAAUUCUGCACCUGUAUCAAGGAGUAUGUCACCACCAAUGUCUGGCAAUUCAAAACAUACAUCAAAACCAAACGAGAUAUUCAAGAAGAAAAAGCUGACUUCAUCAUCAUCAUCAUCCAAAGAAUCAACAUCAAACGCUACAGCGCGGGCGCAUCAGCUGACAAACGGUGGAAUUGAUACUCUAGGAUCAACCAACAACAAUAAAACAAAAUCUUCUCCAGUAGUGAAAAAUGGCAAUAACGAUGUGGAUUUUGUACGUGUUAAACCCAAAGAUCAAGUUCCUAUUUUGACUUUUUGGACUUAUUUGGAGCCCUAUUUUCGACCGGUGACAGAAGAAGAUCGUGACUUUUUACUACAAAAGAACGAUGAUUCAAAACCGUAUUUAAUACCUCCAUUGGGACAACACUAUUUGGAAACUUGGGCAGAAGAAGAUAGAGGUUUACCAUCCAGUAGAUCUCAAUCACCUGUACUUGGAUCAUCAUCAUCAUCAUCACGACAUGACACUCAUGAUUUAGGGUCUGAUGUAGGAACAAGUAAUGGAUUGGGAGGUUUACCAAGUAAUAUUAAUGGACAAGGUGGUACAUCAUCAACAUCAUCAGCAUCAUCAGCACACGAUCGAUUGAAAUAUUUUAGCCCAAGCGAAACACUGACAGACGACUAUUUAUUGACAGAAGAUCUUACAUGUGGCACUUUGACUGAACGAUUACUAAGUAGCUUGGUAACGGAAGAUGUUGGAGUUGAUGCUGCUGAUAUUGAAUCUUACAUUGCUUCAAGUCACGAUGAUGGUACAAAAGGUAUCGAUCUACAUGGAAUUGGCGGUGGUGAUGACGAUGAUGGUAAUGACGAUGAUGAUGAUUAUACAAACAGCAGUGAAGGAAGGACGAUAGUGGAAUUAUCAUCACGACCUCCAGAUGAAGUAGUGGAUUUUGAAGAGCGAUUAAAAAGAGAACUACGUUAUGCUGGCCUUUUCGGUGAUGAUGAAGUUGAUUGGAAUGCCAAAGAGGAUGAUGAAAUAUGUGCUGAAUUACGAAAACUAUCCAGGGAACUUAAGGAGCAAGUGGAAAUCAAUGAAUUUAGAAAGAAACGGUUAUUGGAAGUAACGGAUCGACAAUUACAAUAUGAACAAUAUCGACAUGUAUUGGAUAAUUUGGAUAGUCAGGUGGAACAAUGUUAUAUCAAGCGCUUCCGUACACAGAAAUCUAAGAAACGAAAAACACAAACUACACCAAAAUCAAUGUUAUCAGAAAAUGCAGUACAUGCUAUGGAAAAACGAAAAACAUGGAUUGACGCUCUUGGUGGUAUCUUCAAGGACAAAAAUAUGGUGAUGCCUCAACAUUCUAUUUACGAUACUGAUCCUGAUCCGUCUGCUACUGGGACUGAUGGCUAAUCUUCUAUUAUCCUAAUAUAUUCUCUUAUUAUUCGCAUUCAUUCUCUGUCCAUUCUCUUUUAUUAGUAUUAUUCUUUUUUUUUUUU